AUGUUGGGGUUUAUGAAUAACAGGGCAGCAGCACCUGCAGCUAAGAACACAGUAUUGCAGACAGAAGAAAUAAUCAGAUUAAAUGGAAUCUACAAGCGGUUACUUUCAAAUGCUGGGGUUAAAUUAUAUGAAGGAGAGGGGAAGAUAGUUGGUCCAAAUGAAGUUGAGGUGACGCAACUAGAUGGUACUAAAAUAUGCUAUUCAGCAAAACACAUACUCAUUGCAACCGGCAGCAGGGCUUAUCGACCGGCUAUUCCAGGGCAGGAGUUAGCUAUAACCUCUGACGAAGCCUUGAGCUUGGAAGAGUUACCUAAGCGUGCUGUCAUACUUGGGGGAGGGUACAUUGCUGUUGAAUUUGCUUUAAUAUGGAAGGGUAUGGGUUCUACAGUGGAUUUAUGUUUCAGAAGGGAACUUCCAUUAAGGUGGUUGUACUUGGAAGAAUUGCUUGUGCAAAUAGCAACUCCCUUAGUAUUUUGGAUUUUGUUCAGACCAAAAAUUGUUGUAAACACCCGAUAG